AUGGAUACAAGCUUAUUAAUUUACUUAGUAGAAGAUUUUCCAAAUUUAUAUGAUAAAAAACAAGCUAAUUUUAAAAACACCAAGCUUAAAGAGCAGCAUUGGGUUGAAAUUGCCACUGCUAUGAGAAGCACAGUUGAUGAUUGUAAAAGAUUAUGGAAGAAUCUGCGGGAGAAGUAUGCCCGUGAAAAGCGAGGAUUACCUUCUGGUGCUGGUGCGGACGAAUCCCAGUGGGAAUUUUUCCACUCUUUAGAGUUUUUAAAUCCACACGUUGCCCCAAGAAAGACAUACACUGCCACAAAAGAGACAGAGAGUAUUACUUGGUUAAAUUCAUUCGGAACUAUUUUAGGUAGUUCACAGGACCAAAAUUAUUCCCAAGAAUAUUCUCAGGAGAUGGACACUGCUGUGUCUGAUGAUUCUGUGCAGGAACUGAUAAAACCUCAAGCUGGAUGCUCGAAAGAAAAUACAGGUCCUAUGGUUCUGCCAACUCCAAUAAAACGAGCAGUGCCAUGUUCCAUUGAUUCCUCUGCUGCUGCUCCUAACACUAGUGGGCAAGGAAGGCAAAAAAGCGGCAAUCCAGAUAUUGGCAGACUGAUUGAUACGGCAACGGAUAUAUCAAACGCCAUUAGACACCGGGACAGUUUGGAUGGAUUUGCCAAAUACAUUAGCCAUACGCUACGUGAGAAAUCACCACGAACUUGUAAACGUUUAAAAAGAGCAAUAGUUCAACUUGUCGAAGAUUCAGAAAGUAACUAA